AUGAUGUCUGGGACAUGGGAGUUCAUCAAAAGGCACAAAGGCAAGAUUAUUGCCGGAAGUGUUCUGGUGAGCGGAGCCGUUGCUUAUGCUUUUCACUCUAAAGAACAAUCUCAGCGCCAGCGGCUGACGUCCUUGAGGUUCAAUGAGGACAGUUUGAAGUUUAAGCAGCUCGUGCUUGUGUUAACAUUUGCUGCUUCGAAUCUUAUAUUCGUUGCUGGAGAUGCUGCUCUGUUCAACUACUCCACUUCGCAAAACAUACAACGCUUGGGUUUUGAAUCAGAGAAUCCCUGCAAGGUGCUCGUCAUAACUGUCUACAAUGCGCAGUAUCCCAUUGAUGUUCAUGUCAUUCACCAGAUCUGCGAACCGCAUGCAAAGGUGUUGAGGAUAGCGAUUGUUCGAAAGUCUAUGAUGCAAGCUUUAGUCGAGUUUGAAAGUGCCGAGAAUGCGAAGAAGGUCAAGCAUGCAAUCAAUGGUGCAGAUAUCUAUUCGGGAUGUUGUACGUUGAAAGUGGAGUUCGCUAAGCCGGAAUACGUGAAAGUCACCCGUCAAGAUUCUGAUCAGUGGGACUUCACGCUA